AUGUCUUACGGAAAUAAGAUAAUCCCAAGUGUUCCCAAAUUCACAGAGUUUAAGGACUACACUUCUAGUCAAGUUUUGUAGAUGCACACACCCCAUUUAUUAUAGAAAUAACAUAAAUAAGAUCUAGUCUUAUCAUCUGACUAUCAAAUGGAAGUAGAACCCUCCAAAAAAUAUACAUUAUAAUCAGCACAUAUGCAACUAACCGGACAUCAGAGUGAAGUGUAUUGUGUGAAGUACUCUCCAAAUGGAGACUAUCUCAUAACAGCUGGAUUUGAUAAGAAAAUAUUAAUUUUGGAUAUUUAUAACAAUUGUACUAAUCUGGGGAUUUUGGGAAGCCAUAAAAAUGCUAUUCUUGAUGUUGCAUGGUAAUAUGAUGGAGUCAGAUUAUUCACAGCGUCAGCUGACAAGACUGUUUAAAUUUGGGAUAUGGAAACAUAUUUGCCCUUAAAAAAAUUGAAAGGACAUUAAAGUUAUGUUAAUUGUUGUUAUCCUUCAAAAAGAGGACAAGACCUUUUGGCAACUGGAGGGGAUGAAGGCUAUACAAAAGUAUGGGAUUUAAGAACUAGAAAAUUAGCUUUUGAAAUUCAAGGCAAGUAUCCUAUCACAAGUGUUUGUUUCACUGAAAAUGGAGAGAGACUCUACACUGGUUGUUUGGACAAUAUCAUUAGAUGUUAUGAUGUUAGAAAAUAAGAAAUUGAAUAUACUUUAGAUAAUCACACAGAUACUGUCACAGGAUUAGCAAUUAGUAAUGAUGGUUCCUACUUAUUGAGUAAUUCAAUGGAUAUGACUGUUCGUACCUUUGACAUUAGACCUUAUGUUUAAGGAAAAAAUAGAUAAGUUAGAGUAUUCACAGGAGCAACUGCAAAUACGGCAGAAAAGAAUUUACUUAGAUGUUCAUGGAGUCAUGAUGAUUCGUAUGUGUCUGCAGGAUCUGCUGAUAAGAAUGUUUAUAUUUGGGACUUCAACUCAAAGAAGGUUAUUCAUAAAUUAGGAGGCCAUUAAGGCACUGUAAAUGAAACAGCAUUUAGUCCAAAGGAUAAAUUAAUAGCCUCAGCUAGUAAUGAUAAAACAGUAAUAAUUGGUGAAAUCCCAGAUGUAACUUUGUGA